AUGUGUGGGUUAUUGGAUACGGGUGCUAAUUUGAGCAUCAUCGACAACCACACGGUCGAGGAGAUGGUAAGGAAGAAGGCUGGACGUGUUGCUAAACUGCCUCAACCCUUAACUUGUACUAUGGCUGAUGGCAGUAGGCAACAAUUGACCAAGCCGGUUGAUGGUGUUGGCCAAUAUGUUCAAUCUGGUAGAGAAGCAAGGUUUAUCAUACUAAAGACUAUCAAGAAGGACAAGGUUCUCAUUGGUAGAGAUCAGUUUGAAGACUUCGGCUUCGUUAUCGGGAAGAUGAUUAACUGCCAUCAUGAAAAGGAUUGCUUGUUGACUGACCCGUCUCAAGUCAAUAAGGUUAUGGUGGAAGAUCCUCAUCGAGUGGUUAUUCAUUGUGACCAUGUAAAGUCACAAAUGGCUGAUGUCGCCGAUGAGAUUAAUGCCACUAAGGUCUAUGAGUCCAAAACCUAUGAGGGUAGGAUGGCAUCAUUGGAAUGGAGAUCGUCCCAAAGGCCCCACAAGGCUUUCAAGGCUGCGGUCAAGAGAGCUAAGAGGUUGGAGUAUUCGCUAAAGAGAAGAGGUGGCCAAGAACUGGUGGAUGCUUAUAGUGACCAGUUCAAGCAAUGGCUUGAUAAUGGGUUUAUCCGUCCUGUCGACAGUGAGGAG